GAGAGAGAGAAACAGACAGACAAAGGAAAGGAUGAAGCAGUUGAAUGUGAAGUGGUUUAGCAGUGCUCCAGUCAGCAUUCUUACCUCAUUCUCCUGAUGGUUGUUGGUACACAACUCUCUCCAGCUGGGGCCUAGCUGGCUGCUGUGAUUAGCUGGUGACUGAUCCACAUUCAGAUCCCAUUGAGACAGACAGACGACAGUGCAGUGUCAGUGUGUGUGCACUGGGCCGAGAGUCAGCAUGAUGCAUCGGUGGGGUCUACUCAUCACUGUGUUCUACUGCCAGCUGUUCCUGGCUGCUGCUCAACACUGGAGGAAAGGUAGGACACCUGAGCACCUCACAGAGCUUCGACUGACUUCAGCCCUUUACCCAUCAGCCUUUAGAGUGAAGCGUGGCACACACUCACUGGUCAACCCCACCUUCCAGAACUCUGUGGAAGAUGUUAACCUGCUGUUUGAGAUCCUGCUGGCAGGCCUGCAGAUCGAGGGUGAGGACAAGCCCUUCGUAAUCCCAGACAAGGAGUUGGCGUCUCUGAGGAGGGUCCAAAAGCUGGAGGUUAUCUGUGAGGACGUCCUGCCCAAGAGACUAUCCGAGAUCAGACGUCUGACCUCCCACCUGUCCCAGCGCAGAGGUGCCCUGAGCAGGGAGGACUUUGAGCGCACAGUGCUCACUAUGGUGUACACUGCCCAGACUCUGGCUCAUACCACCUCCCAACACCAGAAGGCGCUGUGGGGAGACGCCCUGCUGCAGCUGUUCAGGGCCAUACAAGAAGAUCUGACGCCCCCACCCAGGACACCUCAGCACUAGUGUUAUGGACAUGUGGACACAUUAUUUUAGAUAAUAUAAUAUACUGAUUAUUUUAUACUGUAACACAAGAGAAUUUGAAGGAUGUUUUCUAUUGUAUUCUGUUGUAUUGUAUUAUCAAAAUGACUGUUCUGAUAAUGUAAUAUGUUUGGUUAUGAUCAAAUGUUAUGAUCUAAUCAAUUUGCAAGGAGGAUGUGGGAAAAGGAGGGAUGUGAACUAUAUCUUGUUCAUGUUCUAUCUAUUGGAUUCCGCCUUGUUCCAGGACUUCAGAUGUAAUCAAACAUUUUAAAUAUUUUAUCAGUCACUCUGUCAUCAUGAUUCAUAACAGGUCUUUAUCAAAUCUUCUGUCAUAAUCUUCUCAGCUGUUUAUCACAAUCACAUAAUCUUUCCCAGCUCAGUCCUAUGGCGAAAAGGAGCUUCGGAUGAAGACAGGGGUAUCAAUUUGCUCAGCUUAUUUCUCUGUAAUUGAUCUUAUAAUAAAAUAAUGAUCAAUAUUUUUAAACUGUACCAUAGUUAUGGCCAUGUUAUGAUCCAACCUAUCCUGAUGCAGUAAAAACAUAUAUUUAUGCAAAACCUUUUUGACUGCAGACCCAUUAUAUAUUUUUUGAUUAUCUGGAUUCACAGGUUUUACGCACCAACAAGACUUUUUGGAGAGCACUAUGGUCCUCUUUUGAUAUGGCCUUGUUAUGAAUAUGUACAAAUGAGGGAUAUGGCUAUAGAAUGUUCACUCACAUUUGCAAAAAACGUGGGGAGGGAUUUGCCUCAGUCCCAACCUGUUUUUAUUUUGGAAGUAGAGGAUGUUAGCUGCUCUAGCCUGCAGGGAGGAUGUUAAGCUCUCCUGGUGGUCACACAUAAUGGCAGGGGUGAGUCCAAGCCCCAUGCUCCGAGUAGAGCCCACUAGAGCCCUCAUUGAUGAGCAACUACAGAUUGUGGUGAAGAAUGUUUUUCCCACCGCUCUGAGGGUGGGAGGCGUUCUGCCAUUAUGCCAGUGAUGAAACGGGGACGGACAAAGGCAAGAACAACUAUGUUUUUGGGCUUGUGUUCCUACUUGUUGUUUUGCCAGAUGUUACUAUUUAUGUUUGUCAUACUUCAUGCAAAGAUAUAUUUUUUUAAAGUACAGUAUUUUGACUUGUUAAUCAACUUUACAAAUUGCUAUAGUAAAGCAACUGAGUUGUGUUAUUGUA